AGUCUGUCUCAGUGGCAGCUGCAGUCUGACUGCUUCCUGUCAGCCCACUUGUCUCUGUAAGCUGUGCAGUCUCACCUCUGAACGACACGUACAUGGUACUUUACCAUGGAGGCUACAGCAAAGUAUGACUUUAAAGCCACAGCUGAUGGUGAACUGAGCUUCGCGAAGGGAAAGCGACUAAAGAUUCUGACUACCACUGGAAACUGGUACAGAGCAGAACUCAACGGGGCUGAGGGGUUUGUACCACAAAACUUCAUCGACAUUCAUCUGCCCAGCUGGUACCAGGAGGACUUGAGUCGCAGUGACGCCCAGGAGAAACUGAUGUCUCAGCCUGUGGGGGCCUUCCUCGUACGAGGCAGCAGAAAAGCAGCCCAUGGUGACUUCUCCAUCUCUGUCAGAUAUGCAGCAGGCGUGCAGCACUUCAAGGUGAUGCGGGACAGCAGAGGGCAGUAUUAUCUGUGGUCGGAAAGGUUCCCCUCUCUCAACCAGCUGGUGGAACAUUACAAACACAACUCCAUCUCCAACCAGAGUCAGAUAUUCCUGCAAGAAAUGCAAGAACAGCAAAGAGAAGACUCAGAUAGCUCAUCUCCUCCCCCGACUCGUCCUCUCUCAGGCUGCCCACAGACAUCUACACCACAACAGGUCAGAGCUCUGUACAGUUUCCAGGCUGAAGAGACGGACGAGCUGGAGUUCAACGCCAGUGAUAUCAUCGAGGUCGUGGACUGCUCCAACCAGGCCUGGUGGACAGGCCGGCUGAGGGGCAAAACCGGCCUGUUUCCCUCCAACUACACUAAACCCAUCUGAGAGCAACACACACAGUCAAAACCAUGGCUUCACAGGAACCAAAGGUUAAUUUCUGCAGCUUCACUCUAAUUAUAGCCUAAGCUGGCAGCAAAACUCUCAGUGUCUUGUGACAGAAAGUGUGAGCUGUCUGGAACGAGUAUGAAGACAAACCUGUUAGUUUAGGCACACACACACACACACACACACACACACAGUGUUCAAGGGUUUUCUGUUUCCACUGUUGUCUUUAUUAGUAUAUAUAUUUUUUAAAUAUCACAUGAAGGGUGCAGCAUGAGGUCACUAGUAUGACAUGAGGUAACAGUCCUUCACAGAUCCAUGUAAUAUUAAUGUACUUUAGGAACUUGAAGUAGUUGCUGAUUGCUCAUAAACAGAAGUGAACUAAAAAAAACAAAACUGAAUUCUGCUCUACACCAUUGAGACGAUUUGUUUGUGCUGUGAUCAUUAACUGUAAAUAAAGAUUAAUGAACAUGAGAGCUAGCCAUAAGUGACGCCAAAAUAUCUUGAUCAUAAACCCCUCCCCCUCCAUGUUAACAGAUGGGACAUGAGCCAAAUUAAAACUCCAAAGUACACACUAAAUAAGUUUUUCCCAGAGAUGUUUUUUUGUGAUUUUACAUUGUUCUUACGCUGAUACACACUCAGGUGUUCAUUUCUCUGAUAAGUUUGGUUUUAAUUAGUUAUCUGAUGCUAUAAAAUGCUGGUGAGACGUCAUGACGGACAGCUGGACGCUGCUCUUGCUUGGGUCAUUUGGGUUUGCUUUUGUACAACAGAGAUAAGUGGAGACUCAUCGUCCGUUUUUAUAUCAGUGGUUGUGAUUGUGUCAGUGAAGCUAAACAAGUGAAAAUGAGAAGAAGAAGAAGAAUCACUUUAUUAGCAGUAUAUAUAUUUUUAUAUACAUACACUGAAUUUGUAUGCAACACUCAGCAAAUUA